UUAAUGGCCGUGAGAUAAAUAUGUGGCUGAAUUAGGUGGUGGGCUCCACCUGAACAGAAUUUAGUAUGCAUGUUCAGUGAACAUGAAAUGGUGACUAGUUUAAAAACUAUUGCCUCUUUCAACAUGUCAUUUUACCAAAUAGCCCUCACCAUAUCUUCAACAUUCCCUGAUCAACACUUCUGAAAAACUUAGCAGCGGGAAACGAAAAUGUCAAAUUUGAGUCCAAUCCCACCCAAUUAUUUUGGGUAAAAAGGCUGGAUGGAAGCAAAAAUAAACGAGAGUCUUUACUUCUACAAAACCUCAUUGAGCGGCGAAAGGUACGACGAAAUCUCCCAAUCAUCUGAGGUGCUAGCAAAAGGUGCGAGCGGGCACCUCCCCGUGCGGAGAGGCGUUCUUGAAUCUGAGUUUCUAUUACGGUACUAUGUCUACUUCAAUCGGUGCAGGUGUGACUAUUAGAGGAGGCACAAGUGAAGGUUUUUUUUUAUUCAAAGAAUAUUUGCUGUUUGAUGAGCUUUGUGUGUGUCAUCCAUGCUGUAAUGAAAUUUUGUUUGUAUGUCCUUUUCUUCGUCAAGACAACAAUGUAUCAGGUCGAAAAAAAUUCCGCAAGGGCGACCGAUCUCGCAGGAUUUGGAUUGCACGCGAAGAAGAAAUUCUGGCUGCAUCGUUGGUAGAACUUGUGGCCCGUGGGUGGAAAUCAGACAAUGGUUUUCGCUCGGGUUACCUAACAAAAAUUGAAGACAACAUCCGAGCUGAAUUUCCCAAAUCAGACAUCAAGGGACAGCCACAUAUCGUGUCCAAGAUUACGGCUUGGAAGAAAAACUACACCAGCCUUCGAGGCAUACUCUCAAGGAGUGGUGUUGGUUUCAAUGCUGAUGGUGAUUACAAAAUUGACAUCAACGACGACCAGUGGGAACAAGUCAUGCAUGCUGAUAAGAACGCCAAAGGAAUGCGCAACAAAUCGUGGCCGUUCUGGGAAGAUUGGAAAAGUAUUUUUGGUAAGGACCGUGCAACGGGUGUGGGGGGCGAGGACAUUGAGGUGGCAGCUGCCACCUUACAGACGAACCGGGCCAGUGGCAGUCAAUGCAAUGAAAAUAACUACCUUCCUACCUUUGAGGAUUUCUUACCUAAUCAGAGUCCCAAUGAGGUCGAGGGGAUGGAGAAUCAACAUAGCAGCUCAGCACACACUGAACAUUUGGUCUCUAACACCAAAUCUCACACCCAAAAACGGAAGGCUCCUGCUACUGAUGAUGCGUUGAUGGAUUUCCUAGGAAAUCUACAUGCUCAAACAAACGCGCGCUUGGAUGUGAUUGCUUCAAGAAUUGGCUACGAGUUUGAUAUUGGGAAGGCGAGGCAAGAGGUCUUCGACAAGCUCUGUGAUGUGGAUGGACUAACUCUGGCGCAGAGGUACAAGCUGUGUAGUAUAUUAGCUGACAAACCACAACGUAUGGAGGUUUUCAUGGGCAUGAAGGAACAUGCUAAACUGGGGUACUUACUAAUGCUGUUCGAGGAGAGCCGCGAAGCAGUGUGAAUUGGUUGUAGGUGGCUGAUGGUGUUUUGAAGAUGGGUAAGCAUGUUUUGAAUGUAAAUAUUAUACUAAUCAAGUUAGAAUGCUAUGUUAGUGUGUAUGAUGCAGCCCUUAAAACUUUAGCUCGGGUUGGUCUAUGUUUGGGUAACAAGCUGCAAUAUGUUUGCAGAACACCGCUUGGGCAUCCAUUCCUAUUUUGGUUUUUGGUGUUUCAUGGCAAGGUCCAUAGUAGCCAUAGCAUUCUCGUUUUGAUUAGUGUCUGCUUUAGGACUUAUGAUUA